AUUAACUCUAUUUGGUUUUUCUUAAUAGCAUGAGUUCAUCAACAUUAACAUUCACAGUACGAAGGUGUCAAUCAGAGUUGGUAUCUCCAAUUGCACCAACACCUCGUGAAAUUAAACUGUUAUCAAACAUAGAUGAUCAAGAAGGACUUCGUUUCAAUAUUCCUCUUAUAUUUAUAUAUCGUCACGAACCAUCAAUGAUAGAGAAAGAUCCUGUUAAAGUUCUUAAACAUUCACUCUCACAAACACUUGUGUAUUACUAUCCAUUUGCAGGAAGAAUUAGGGAGGGAGAUAAUCGCAAGUUGAUGGUGGAUUGCAAUGGAGAAGGUGUCAUGUUCAUUGAAGCUGAAGCUGACGUAACACUUGAUCAAUUUGGUGACACUCUGCAACCUCCAUUUCCAUGUUUCCAACAACUUUUAUAUGAUGCUCCAGACAUAGGACAAAUUAUUGAUUGUCCCCUUCUACACAUACAGGUGACACGUAUCAAGUGCGGUGGUUUUAUACUUGCUUUAACUAUAAACCACACUAUGUGCGAUGCAAGUGGGUUCAAACAAUUUAUGAAUGCUUGGGCGGAAAUGGCUGGAGGAUCACAUCAACCUUCCAUUCAACCUAUAUGGUUUAGAGAAUUCUUAAUGGGAAGAGAACCACCUCACAUUUCAUUCAACCAUCGCGAAUACGAACAACUCCUCCCAAAUACCACCAAGGAAGAAGAUACCACUACCAUAGUUCAUAAAUCUUUCUUCUUUACACAUUCUCACAUAGCUACGAUUCGUCGCUUGGUUCCACUUAAUCUUCGUCAGUGCACCGAUUUCGAUCUUAUCACUGCAUGCUUUUGGUACUGUCACACAAAAGCAAUGCAGUUAGAGCCAAAUGAAGAUGUACGAAUUAUGUGUGUUGUGAAUGCACGUUCUAUGUUUAAGAAAAUUAACCGUUCAUCACUUGUUGGGUACUAUGGUAACUGUUUUGCGUUUCCAGCCGCUGUCACUACUGCAGGGAAGCUUUGUGGAAACUCGUUAGGUUAUGCAGUGGAGUUGAUAAGAAAGGCAAAAAGUAAAGUUACAGAGGAAUAUAUGUAUUCUGUUGCAGAUCUUAUGAGUAUUAAGGAACAUUGUUUAUAUACAACUGUAAGGUCUUGUUUUGUGUCAGAUUUGACUCGUGCUAAGUUUGUAGAAGUGGAUUUUGGAUGAGGUGAAGCAGUUUAUGGUAGUGUGGCAAAAGGUGGGAUUGAAUCUUUUCCUGGAACCUUUAUUGUCCCGUAUAAGAACGCAAAAGGAGAAAAAGGUUUAUUGUUACCAAUUUGCUUGCCCUAUCAAGCUAUGAAAAGCUUUUCUAAAGAGUUAGGUGAGAUACUUAACAGUGGUCCUAGUGUCAACUCUUCCUUGUAAUUUGUAGCUUGUGAUGUUCUAAUAUUUAAAUAAAUAAUUCAAUAAAUAAUCCAUAUAAGAAUAUUGGAUAUAAUUUUCCCAUAUAAAUCACAUUUCUUGGCUUUAAACUGUUUCCUUGAGUACUGCCCCUUAAGGUGCUAAAAUGAUAAAGAUACUUUUCAUUUUUCUUUUUUUUAGAUUUAAGACUAGACAUAUAUUGGCAAUCAAUUAUAACAUUCCAACACAUCAAAUAAAUGUAUAUUUUUAAUUUUUUUUAUUGAACAUAUUGGUAAAGAGUGAUUGAUUAUUAAUGUGAUUGAUAAAGAUACUUCUAAACAUG